CAUCACCAGCUGUGGGAAUUGUCGCUGAGAGACGUACAGAUGUCGGAUGCUGGGCUGUACGAGUGUCAGGUGACCACCCACCCCCCGUCCUCCCUCUUCUUCAUCCUCAAGGUCGUAGAGGCCCGGGCGGUGAUUCAAGGAGCCCCUGAAAUCCACGUCCAUAGGGGUGUCCGCCUCCGUCUGCGUUGUGGAGUCGAACUGGCCACCGAACCACCAUUAUACAUCUUCUGGUACCAUAACGACACCAUGGUCAACUACCACCACCAUCGGCGGCAUCUCAAGGUCGUUCGGCACCAUCAUGGCAGUUCCCUGAUCAUUCAUAAUGUGACCUGGACGGAUGCUGGAUCAUAUAGUUGUGAUCCCUAUAAAGCCAAGUCAGCUAAUGUCACCCUUCAUGUUAUUGCUGAGGAGAAGCAUGCAGCCCUGCACAACGGCCACAGCGACGAAUCAGAGCAACUCACAGCCUCUCCCGCCGCCCCCUUCCUCACAUCUCCGCUCCUGAUUGGUUCUUGUUUGUUUAUACUCUUGAUGGACGGAUAUUUUGAUAAAACCUACGGAAUCAUGUUAUCUCGAUGAUGAGAAUAAGACAAAACAAACGUUACAACAAAUGAUAUAUAAAUAUAUACUGUAUGUGUCUUAUGAUGUUAAGGACUAAUAUCUUGAUGUAUGAUGUUGUAUAUAUAACAUAUCCAUUAUUUUCUAAGACAAUUUAGCCCGUACUGUCAGUGUCAUUAUGGAAUUAACCGCAUCUUCAAGAAUCGUCUGUGAGCUAACGACACAUCACAUGACUUAUGCACUAAUCAUAUAUCAAUAUUUAUGGUAGUCAUAUAUAUCAUAUUUUUAUUUAUACAAACAUUUAAAAGAGCAAAUCGUCCGCGCCGAGGAAUCCAAGGGUCAUAGAAAACACACAGACAGACGGGUGCUGUGAGGAGGUGACCUUUAUAUGAGCGUAUCAACUUGACCUUGGCACUCAUCUGGAGGAUAUUCAUGACAAUUAUGAACAUCCUGGCCCUCAUGGUUCUUCCUGUACAACAAUGAAACACACUAACAGACGAACAAACUAUACUAAUGUUCCUGAGGGCGAUAAACAUUUAUUACUUUUAAAGACCCAACAGAACACAGUGAUAUAUAUUCCCAUAUCAUCACAAGUUCACGCCACUGAAGAAAUGGCGACAUGAACUUACUGAAAGUCAGCUGUGUUGUAAGCUUUCAAUACUGGAAGGCAGGAUGAUGUGUCGUAAGCUCACAGCACUAAUGAGGUUGACUUUACUGUAAGCUUACAACACUGACGAGGUUUAAUGUUAUCGGUUUACAAAAACUGCUGAGGUUUUCUAUGCUGUGAGUUCACAACAUCGGAGAAAAGUGUUGAAUCAUAAUCUCACUUCACCCUUAAAACAUAAUGAUAGUAUCUGGCCUCACUUCCCGGCGCGAGAUGUGAGCCAUGAGCAGCUUACCCUACUAUCUUAGCGCGAGAUGUGAGCCAUGAGCAGCUUACCAUACUAUCUGGGCGCGAGAUGUGAGCCAUGAGCAGCUUACCAUACUAUCUGGGCGCGAGAUGUGAGCCAUGAGCAGCUUAUCAUACUAUCUGGACGCGAGAUGUGAGCCAUGAGCAGCUUACCAUACUAUCUGGGCGCGAGAUGUGAGCCAUGAGCAGCUUAUCAUACUAUCUGGACGCGAGAUGUGAGCCAUGAGCAGCUUACCCUACUAUCUUAGCGCGAGAUGUGAGCCAUGAGCAGCUUACCAUACUAUCUGGACGCGAGAUGUGAGCCAUGAGCAGCUUACCAUACUAUCUGGGCGCGAGAUGUGAGCCAUGAGCAGCUUACCAUACUAUCUGGACGCGAGAUGUGAGCCAUGAGCAGCUUACCAUAUUAUCUGGGCGCGAGAUGUGAGCCAUGAGCAGCACUAAGCUGAGGUUCUGCCAGCCGCCGCCAUGCUAGUUCUACAACAUGAUACUGACAAAUGUUUCUCCUGCAAAAUGGAGUUGGUUGGUGAUGAUAACUACUGUGUGUGUAAGUGUGUGUGUUUGUUUGUCUGUCUGUCUCUCUCUGUCUGUUUCUAUGUGUGUCUGUGUGUAUAUAUUGUAACCCAUGUACGGUACUUGUUAGGGCACAAGUCCAUAUCCCUUAUUUCUGCAGUGAAUUACUCCCCGAACUGGUAGUGGAUUAUGUCUCACCGUAAACUACAUUCCCGGCAAAAUUUAGUGCAAAAAUUCGCAUCGAAACUGCACUAAGAGACUCUUCUACCUGGAAAUGUUCUGUCUUACAUGUUAACGGGGGAAAAUAAAUGUGCAGUUCUUUGAAAAUCCGGAGCCAUGUUGACAUCUGUGAUCCGUGUAGAAGCGGGUUAAAGCGUGUUAUAAAAACAUCUCUGAUGGUACAAAAUAUUUUAUGGUGUUUUGAUUGAUUGGGAUCAGGGGAUUGUCCUUUCAACUUUUUCAAACACCAUUAAUAACAGGUGAUAUAUAGCAGUUGAUUACGUGUAUCCAUCCCGCCAUCACCUUUAACUCUCAACAUUCACGGUGUGCUGUUAAUGCGGUAUCAACUGUAUUGGUGUUCUAUAACUAAGGCUUUAAUCACUUCUGAUGAAUCAGCUUAUAUACUAAUAACAGUCAUUGAAAUUUGAAGAAAAAAUGCAUCUUUAGUAACGUUAACGUUAUACUGCUGGAUAUAUAUAUAUAUAUAUAUAUAUAUAUAUAUAUAUAUAUAUAUAUAUAUAUAUAUAUAUAUAUAUAUAUAUAUAUAUAUAUAUAUAUAUACUGUAUAUAUAUUAUCAGGACUGUAUCUGAGCGACGCACUUGGUUUUGAUGACACAAACUACCCUGUACUGGACAAUGAAUGACUUCAUUUGCUUUCAUUAUUGAUUUUUAAAGUACGUUAGCUUAAAACAUGAAUGGAAAUUUAAAGUGAUAUACUUUGUUGCGAAACUGAUGUUGAGUUAAUAUGUCGACAAAUAUUUUCAAUGGAUUUUAUCAAAGGCAACGACUGGCCGCGCGUUGCAGACAAGCCGCAGCCUCCCCACAUUGAUCUGCAAUAGUCAGUCUCUGAAGCCUAGAAAUUUAGUAAUGACUCAUUCAUAGUUUUGGACUCAUAAAUGUUGAUUAAAUACAUACAUGAGUGUUUGAAAAUUAAUAAAUUUGUUUAGAGUGCUGUACGGAUUCAAAAAGACAGAUUAGUUAUAGCUUGCGUCACGGCCAACUUUUUUUAGAUUCCAAUUUUAAUAAGACUUAUCCACAAGAAAAGUUCUGCGAGAAUUCCCACUGGCUGAGCAAUAUAUGAAUGAUUCAAGCAGCCAUACGCACAGCAGAAAGGCUUUUAUGCCGGAUUUAAAAACAAAACUCAUCAUCUGAUCAAUUAUGGAUUUCAAAGCACCAGCGACACAGAAUGGCGAUGGCGAUCUGUAUACUCUUAGAAAUUAAUUAUGUAAACAAAAUAUACGCGACGAAUAAUUAAUUUUAUAUAAAAAAACAAUGGUAAAUUAGUUACCGGCUCAAAAGAAUACAUAUUUCCUCUGUUGUUCUGAAUUUUCUUUCACUAGUCUAGAGGAUAAAAAUAAAAAAUGAAAAACAAGGUCUUUUCCUCCUCCUUGAACAAUUUUACUGCAUGUUUCAUUUUGACGUAUGACAGCCAGCGAAUUUUAAGUACAGUAGGUUAAGUAUAAUUGUGUUGGGAGCCGUAGCUUGGUGGAAACGUUUAACCUGUCGAGGUAAGCCUCUCGGUGCAUACUACUGCUACUACUACUUCUUUUUUAAUUAACGUGGCCUCCAACCUCCCCCAAUUGCCACACCUUCGCCGCCAUUUUAUUGCCUUAAAAUUAAAUAUCCUUAUACAAAAU